UAUUGUUGAGGGUACCACAGUCUGAAGACAGGUGAAGUUGCAACUCACACGAGGCUUAGGAACUGCGAGCAGACAAGCUUAACUCCUUUUAAUUACAGAGAACGACCUGGUUUCAGAACCACGGGUCGUUAACAGCUUCAGAACAGAGCGGGGAUUUGUCCAGCCCCUUCCGCUGCUGCAUCUGCCACGGCGGGUACAAACUGCUCAACGUCGGUGUCAGUUUCAGCACCAGUCGGGAAGACCGGAGCUGUCCAAACAUUCAGCAGUUAAUUUUUUUUCCUCGAGUACCUUCUAAACUAGCCGCCCAGAAAUACAAAAGCAAGAGAUCGCCUCUUAGAAACUGCAAAACCCAUUCUGGGGGAUAUUUUUUAUUUCAGGAUGGCGUCUAAAGGCACGGGGUUUUUCAUCCUUAUCCAGGUUCUUGCGCUGACUGUUUCCCAGGGUUCUGCUUUUCCUACACCUGCCGCGAACGAUGAUAAAGCAGUGUACAACCGUCAGUUGACAGAGGAGAGACCGCUCCAAGAGCAGAUUGCAGAGGCAGACAGCGUCAAGGCAGCAGUCCUGUCUGUUGAUACUAAAGCCCAAGCUGAAACUAAGGAGACCAAGGCAGAGCCGGAGAACGAUGACUUCACCCUGCUCAAGUCCCUGGCUGAAGGUCAAAAGUCAAAGGAAACCAAUGAGACGCCAGUCAGCGAGAGCCAUGGGGAGGAGCAGGAUUCCACUAAGAACCGUCGCCUGGCUGACGACUAUGACUCAACAAAGGCGAGAAUGGACUAUGACGACCCAGAGAGUUUCCGCCAGGUGGACGGCACUCCACUGACAGCUGAGGACAUCGUCCAGAAGAUCGCUAACAAGAUCUACGAGGAGGAUGACAGAGGAGUGUUUGACAGGAUCGUCUCCAAGCUGUUGAAACUGGGACUGAUCACUGAGAGCCAGGCAGAUACUCUGGAGUACGAAGUGGCUGAGGCCUUGCAGGAACUCAUCACUAAGAAUGCCAAGAACAACGAGAUUGAAGACUCUGAAAUGGACUAUCCCAAAACCAGGGGAGACCUGGAUGACCAGAGCCAAGACACAAACAUGGACAUGCCAGAGUCAAACAGUCGCCUGGAUGGAAACAACGAGGAAGAUGAUGUCCAUGAAGAGCAGGAUGCCAUCGAUGAUGAGGUGGACAGAGAUGCGGAGGGAGAAGGGGAUGAUGUGGUGGAUGAGGGGUGGGACAAAGAAGCGGAGGAAGGGAACGAGAGAGAGAGGGAGGACAGAAACGAAGGCGAGGGGGAGGAGGGGAACGAGCUAAACCCAGAGGACGGUCUUCAGGACCUGCAGUAUUUCCCCAACUUCUACCGUUUGCUCAAGAGCCUCGACUCAGAACAAGAUGCCCACGAGAGGAAGACUCUGAUCACCAUCAUGAAGACUCUGAUUGACUUUGUGAAAAUGAUGGUGAAAUACGGCACCAUCACACCAGAGGAGGGGGUCUCCUAUCUGGAGAACCUAGAUGCCAUGAUUGCCCUGCAGACCAAGAACAAGCUGGGCAAGUCCCUGGGCACUCCAGACGUCAGCCCACCUGCGGGGAAGACCCCAGACGACGACGACAACACCAAGGAGGCGGCUGCCAAGAUGCAGAAAGAGUACGAGACCCUGAAGGACUCCACCAAGAAGGCGCAGCCCCCGACCGAAGCCCAUCACCCUGGCCAGUCUGAGACCUACCUGGAGGCUAUCAGGAAGAACAUUGAAUGGCUGAAAAAACACAACAAAGAUGAAGGCAAAAAUGAUUAUGACCUGUCUAAACUGAGGGACUUCAUGGACCAGCAGGUGGACUCGUACAUAGACAAGGGCAUCAUCGAGAAGGACGAAGGGGAGACCAUCAAGAGGAUCUACGGCAGUCUUUAAUAUGUCACGGACCGACAGCAAACCCUGACAACCUCCAACUGCGGCCACAAUCUAAACUUGAGAUCUGCAUAUAAGAAGCUGGUAUUUUUAUGAUCUGCUGUUGACUUCAGUGCAUGAUUUACAUGUGGACUGAUCUCAAAUUUAGAUUUGACUCAAUGAAGAUAAACUGUAUGCUCUGUAUGUAUUCAAAAGAAACUAUUUAGGCAAAACCACUAUAUCUGAACUUACCCCCAUAUAUGAAAAACUGGAAUGUAAUCAUCUUUAUUAAUAAUUGUACUUGAAGUAUUUGAUUACAUGCCAAGAGUUUUAACAUACAACAAAACAAUAAGCAAGACAUGGAUGCCACCAGUGACUACAUGAAAAUCUUGAUGGUGGCAAAUGUAAUUCAACAAAUAAUUGUAGUUAAAUUUGAGAAGGAAACAGAAUUGACUCUUAAGAGUAUAUUUAUCAUACGGUUUUCCACAAUUGCUAUGUUUUUUGCAAACAUUUUUGCAACAACACAUUUAAAUGUAUUCAUUCUAUGUAAUCUGUCCUAGUUAUCAGUAUGUUUGUUUUCCAGUGUAUGUGUAAAAUCAAUUGUAUUAAGGCUUUUGACUUUCAACCAAAAACACUUUAGUUCUGUUUCAUGCCGGUGGCAUACCUCUGUACCCUCCUGUGUGUUUGUGCUCUGGAAUCAUUAAUUUAGAAACUUCUAGCAGGCUCACAUCAAUGUAUUUUCCCUCUGCAUGUGUCCGUAUAUUAUAACAUGUCCACUGCUCUAGAGACACAAAAAUGAAGUAUUUUUGAAUGUAAAUAUGUGAUUUUUUCCAAAAUGUAAAAGCAAAUAAAAAAGGCCUUUCUUUA